AGUAAUCAUAGAAAAAUAGAAGAAUCCCCUAAAAAAAUUCAAGAAAGUAGAAAAAGAUGUGAAAUCGAAAUGAGCAGCCAGUACAUAAAGAUCCUUUCCAGUAAAGUGCAAGGUGACACUGUGUAACAUAAUAUCAAAUUCGGUGCUUUCCAACUAUUCGCAGCUAAAAUGCUGUGUUUAACAGUGCAGAUGUUCAGACUCUAAUGGCAACUCAUGUAAACUGACUGCUCCGCACUUUGGCGGUGAAAUGAAGUAGCUAAAUAGUGUAUCAACCACAAACUGAGACCGUUUAGACAUUUGCCUAGAUGUCCGUGGUCUGGAAGUCAAAUGCUUGGCGUGGACAGGCAAAGCAUUCUCAGAUCAUCAAUAACUACUAAUACUUUCUCUCUCGCAGACUUUCACAUAAUUUGUCAAUUUAAGACUCUGACUAUAUUAUGAGUACUCUUUCAUUGUAUUGGGUUUUAAAAUAUUUCUAAGGUCAUUCAUCGAUGCCAAUACCUUUACUCUCGCAAGCUUUCAGAUAAUUUGUUAGUUUAAAACUCUGACAAUAUGAGUACACUUUCAUUAUUUUGUGUUUUAAAAUAAUUCUUAUUCAUCAACACCUUGACCUUGCCUGGCCACGCCAAGCAUUUGACUUCCAGACCACGGACAUCUAGGCAAAUGUCUAAACGGUCUCAGUUUGUGGUUGAUACACUAUUUAGCUACUUCAUUUCACCGCCAAAGUGCGGAGCAGUCAGUUUACAUGAGUUGCCAUUAGAGUCUGAACAUCUGCACUGUUAAACACAGCAUUUUAGCUGCGAAUAGUUGGAAAGCACCGAAUUUGAUAUUAUGUUACACAGUGUCACCUUGCACUUUACUGGAAAGGAUCUUUAUGUACUGGCUGCUCAUUUCGAUUUCACAUCUUUUUCUACUUUCUUGAAUAUUUUUAGGGGGAUCUUCUAUUUUUCUAUGAUUACUCUUUAACUCCUCCACUUUUUCAUGUAUUCUAUUUACCUUGGCGCACAGUUGCGCGCGAUCAUUGAUAUUCACACAUACACAGGUCUAUGCGUGCGAACAUUUCUAUGGAUACAACUGUCCACAACAAAGCUCGAGGGGUUGAUACUGUUGCAUCGCUCGACGAAGUUUUCAAAUAGAUCUUCCGAUAUGAUUGAUGUUUGUCACGACGGGAAAUCGCAAUUUGUUCAGUGUGUUACCGAUUGUAUUCUGAGGAGGAAUAUUUUUAAGAGACUGGACGUGAUAGUAACAAUAUGACGAUCCGUCGCGUUGCACUACCGCACAGUGCAUUUACGUAUACAUAGAGUCUUUAAACGAGGGAACCGAUUAUGUGUUCUAUUAUGAAUGAAAAUAUGUUCACCUGAGUAUUAAGAGGAAACUUCAAGCAUGCACGGGUUACGAGCCGAACAUAAUAUUGUUGGUCUCAGUACCAGUCGGUGGUUAGAGGCGCUUUGGGAACCAGGAGCCCGAUUGUAUACCUUACCAAACGCACUUGACAUGCUAGAUGUAACUGGCGAUGGAGAUGCUAGGCUCAUCUGCGCCGAUUUGGGAGCACAGGGUGCCAAUUCGACAAAGAUACGAGUCUACAAAGGUGGUGAUCAAAUAACGGAACAUAGUAUGAUGGAUCUGCCUUGCGGAGUAGUUGGUUUUUACACGGAGAACGGAGAACCGCGAUCGUCUGUACUAGCUGUGGGUGCCAGUUCUAGCGUCUAUAUCUUCAAAAAUAUGAGACCCUACUUUAAGUACUGUUUGCCAACCAUUGACGUACAUCCGAAGGAACGAGAGAUCUGGCACAAAGCCAGUUCGGAGGAAGAGCUAAACGUGCUUACGCUAGCCGACGAACUAGAUUUGCUCUUAAAAGAGCUUGGAGCGGCAUUUAUCUCGCCGCGAACGUUAAAAUUCCUCUCCAUGGAUCCGAAUUUGAGAUUUAGUUUCGCGGAACAAUACAAAACGCUUCCGCUUGUUAGGAGCAACGCUUUGUCCGCUAUUUCUGUCAUACGGAGAGAUUCAUGGACCGAACCAGCCAGUGGUUGUCUGGUGCUUGGCACGGAAUCUGGAGAAGUUCUUGUUCUAGAUUCUCGGACGUUUUCUGUAAUGGACAAACACUUGUUAGAAUGGCCACCAGUUGCGUUCGCGUGUACAGGUCUGUGGACCGGAGAUGGAAGGAUAUUGAUAAUCGGCAGGGAUGGUAAAAUAGGUGCGAUAAGAAGAGGAAGUCCCGUGAAACUUUGGGAAAAGUUACCGUCACCGGCUGUGGCGAUUUCAACCCUUAGCAACGACGGUGUCGCUGUAACUAUCAUGGAUGGCACUCUGAUUGGUCUCUCCAGAAAAGGCAUCAAACUAUGGCACGUUCAAGUCCCAGGGGCGAUUCUGGAUUUAGUUAGCUUGCCGGUGCCACAAAUUGGUCUUUCUUUGCUUGCUGUGAGUACUGCUGGAUACGGUAUUCGAGUAUACGAUGGAAAGCACCAUGUGGACACGCUGAAAAUUAUGGAACCAGUGUCAGCAAUGAAGUAUGGUCGAAUGGGACAAGAAGAACGAACCAUGGCGAUGGUCACUGUCGGCGGUGGUCUCUGCGUGAAAAUUUUAAAGCGCACAGCCGACUUCAGUACCCAUAACGUGACGUCGAAUCCUUCGUCGAACAACAGUUCUAAAUUUCUUAUACCUAAGAAGACGCGACUGUUCGUCGAACAAACGAUACGAGAAAGGUCCGAGGCGAAGAAAAUCCACAGCACGUUUCAACAAGGUCUUCUUCGGUUACGUCUGAUGGUAGCCAAAAAGGCGGUCGAAUCUUUGAACGAAAGCCAAAAUACGGGGCCGCAUCCCAUCACUUUGGAGGCCACCGUGUUAGGAUUAGGCCCCAAUUAUCAGAUUCGUAUCUUGCUGACGAACAUAUCCGACGAACUAUCCGACAUGGGUUUGUACAUCGUUUGCAGGAACGAGAACACGGAUGUGAGACCUCGCGUGAUGGAUGUGCCCUUAUUGCCAAGCGGUAUCCCUAUUCCCAUGGCGGUGCACGCUACUCUAACGAGUAGAAUAUCGGGCCGGGUGCAGAUCUUGCUAUGCAAGAAGUCGAGGACGAAGCCCAUCACCGUGGCGACGGUGGUUCUGCCUGCAGCCGAGGAAGAAAUCGAAGUUUAAUUUUAUAUCGCGCAGAAAUGUAGUGUACAGAAAGAUAUUUUCUAUAUAACGUUUACGAGGACUCUAAAACUUUAGGGUUACCACGCCAAUAGUUGAUUAUCCAAUUGAUCAUUUCUUCGAAAUUAUUAUUAAACUUCUAAACUAAAAAAGUCUAAUGCUACUAUCAGUACGUAGCAUUAGACUUUCUUUUAAAACACAUCUUAAACUUUAACAACAUUCGAAUAUUUAUUAUUUGCGAUAUAUUAGGUUAUCCCAAAAGUUUAUUUCACCACUUACACUCAGCUGUUUUGUCUGGCAGUGUUGAUGUAAAUAAAUAACCCUAGUAGCAAUUAUUGUUGGCAUUUUGAUGGGCCAUUGACGUGAUAUCGGUUGGCCAACGGUUAGGAUUGUCGCCCUUUUCUUCAACUGAGUCAACAAUCACACCCAAUGCAGGCCCCACGUUACUUUCAAUAUAAAGGGCCAACUGAAAAUUUCUUUCCGUAGGGCUAACUCUUGACUAGAUUCUAUUGGCUCCACUACACUUCAAUAAAACAGCUUUCAGAAUGUUUUUUGGAGAUUAUUUCCUUUACAUCUGAGACUUAUACCUUAAUUGAAUAAUAAAAUUGAAAUAAAAUCCAACUUGUAUAAUUUGAAAAAUAUUUUAUUUGAAAUUUUGUAAGGUUAGUCUCUUAUUCAACUUUUGGAUGUGUAACAUUCACCCAACAGAAUCUUAAUGAUAAAUAAUGUCCUUAUGAGCAAAAGGUAUACAAAUAAAAGUAUCCUUUUCGCAAUGAUUAGGUAAAAGUAAACAUUUCUUAUGUUCAGCCGCGAACGUCAUUAUUCGUCGCGACUGAGUAAGAUACGAAUUCAUCAUCGUUCGCUCGAUCCCCAAACAUACCAGAAUGUUUCGAGGAGACAUUACACUCCUCGUAGCUAACACGCCUAUCAAAUAUUAUAAACGGCCUGCACAUCAUAAACCUGGGCGAGCUGAGAUCAGUUUCGUCGCCCAAGGUUGCUCCAUUAAUGGAGCCAAAAGAUUCACACUUCGGUGGUCGGAAUCAAGAGUCCAGAACUCCACGGCAGGCCGUGCUCACAUAUGUAUCAUAUACAUUCAAACCUGCGCGCAAUCAAUAUAUCGAUUUUUCGAAGCAGCUGAGCCGUCGUUGUUUGCUGGCGACGGAUUCUCGACGGCUCAAGACAGCUGAGCGGAUCGAGCGGGCGAUGAAUUCACAGGCGACUCUAAACCGACUCGCGAUCGAGGAGUGGCGCCUAGCAACACGAAAACAGGGGCAACGAUCUCUUUGCAAAUUACCAUAUAUGGGAAUGGCCAUAUUGAAAUUAAACAUUAGAAUCGAGCUUCUAGAAGAUUCUAGAAGCUUCUAUCGACAAGAGUGGAGAAAUUGUUGCCUUCCGGACGAAUUUCAAUUCUAACGACACUUUUUCGAGAUCACUCGAAGCGUUAAGACGUAAAAACUAUAAAUCGUUCACAUCCUCCAUAUUUUAACAUUUCUUGUGAAAUAUUUCUAUCAUUCUGGGGUUUUUUAUGCCGCGCGGCUUUUUCCCCAUCGAGCCAAUAAACAGUUAACAUACCUCGGCUCAAUCAGUCGUUAUUAUAUUUUCUUUCCUUAUUUUGAAAAACGGGACUUCUCCGUGUAGAAGAGGUUUCGAUAGAACAUCUUAUGUAUACUAGAAGAAUAAAGAUACAUACUUUUCGGUGGGCCAACUAUGGCCCAACGAUAGAAAACCGCGAGUAUUAUUCAUAAAUAAGAAUAGAAAGAACUCAUUUUAGAAUAUAACAACAGGUUCUUGUUUGUAACAAGAUUUCCACAACGUCCAAGGACAACGUUUAAGCGUCAGUAUUAUUGUUUCAAGUUUCUUAUUAAUUAACCAACUAUAGUAAUUGUUAGCCCAACAUUGGGUAUUCGUAGGAAAAUUGUCAUAAUCCUUUUAACGUAGACCCUUAUUUGGGCAUUUGUAGGCAAAAGCACUAACUAUAUCGCAACUGAUUCCCAACUAUUAGAAACCGUUGGCCAACCAU